AAAAAAAAGGAAAAAAAAGAAAAGAAGCAAGAUAAUAAAGUAAGGGAAUAUUUUGUGAUCGUGUUGUUUUUUGUUCGUUUGUUUGGUACCAUCCCUCCUGUGUUUUCUGUCUUUCUGGUUCCCCAUAAUUUGCCAUUCCGUGCAAUACUUACCCACCAAGGCCACCGCUCAGUCUUCCUAAUUCUUCUACUUUGCUCUUAUCUUCUCAUUCUGCCAUUUCUCAUCACCAUCUCAACUCAAAACUUUCUUGGUCGCCGCCAUGUCUUUCAGAUGGCUUAGUCGGCCAAAUGCUUCAUCUGGCAUGGGCGUUGCCGAUCACGGCAAAAACGCGUUCAUGGAACUGCAGAGGAAGAAGGUUCACCGCUAUGUGAUCUUCAAGGUUGAUGAGAAGAAAAGAGAAAUUUUGGUUGAAAAGACUGGUGGUCCAGCCGAGAGUUACGACGAUUUCACUGCAGCUUUACCUGAGAAUGAUUGCCGAUAUGCUGUUUAUGACUUCGAUUUUGUGACCUCUGAGAACUGUCAAAAGAGCAAAAUAUUCUUCAUUGCAUGGUCCCCUUCAACGGCAGGAGUUCGUUCCAAGAUGCUCUACGCCACAUCCAAGGACAGGUUUAGAAGGGAGCUGGAUGGCAUCCACUAUGAGAUUCAGGCAACCGAUCCCACAGAAAUGGAUCUCGAAGUGCUUAGAGAACGAGCAAACUGAACUGGUCUCUUCAGUUUGAACAUUUCCUCCUCUAUAACCACAGAAUUCUCUGAUUGCUGUCAGUUAAUUCUACCUGUUGCUUCUUAUAGAUCACAUUGUGAGGUUGUAUUUUGCCCAUCUGUUGAAUAAACUAGCAUGUGGGAAUGGUGUGAAUUGUGAAAGUUGGGCUAAUGUUUUCUAGUCGCUGAAAAUAUUGAGUUUUUUUUUUUUUCUUC